AUGCCUGAAGAAUUGACGGACUGCGGAAACCAAGUCGCCGUGCGCCUCAAGAUCACCAAGACCGACCAAACCGGGCAAGGUUGCACCGUGGCGCUGGCGGCGACCGGCCGCUCGGUCUGUCCCGUGCAGGCUUACCGGAAGUACCUUGCCCAUGCGCAGUUCACGUUGCCGGUGGGAAGCCAAGGUCAGCGAGCACCGCCAGGCCCCGUCCAACCGACCCUGGAGGUGCGGGUGGUCAGUCUACAGAUACGAGAGCCCAGCGUGGCAGUCGGGCUAGUAUGGAUGGGCGGCGCGCUGCAGCUGGCCGUGCAGCGCGCCAACGAACGCUAUGCGCAGCGCGGACUGCGCUUCUUGGUGCAUCCCGUGGACGUCAUGAUCAACUAUACCUGCGCGCAGACGGCCGCGGACGGGAUUUUCCACAUGGCCGACUAUUAUUACCGCCACAAUUUGGACCAGCAAUCGUUGGACACGUGUGACCUCUACUUCACCAACAGUUGUAUGGACUAUUUUCAGAUGCUCUCCCUAUCUAGCGAAUGGAACGCUUUCUUUUUCAACAAUGGUAUCGCGUUACUGUCAUCCGUCCCACCGCGAAUGACCCCCACGUACCUGUUGAAUCUGGCCGUCAGCGAGGUGGACGCGGCACGCACCGUAUGGGGCAUCCUCCGCUCCUUCGGCUGGUCGCGCGUGGCUCUCCUGCUGGACACGCGCGCCACCACCGUCUUCUACGCCUACCUGCUCAAUGCCGCCAAGGCCUUGUCGCUUGCCAACAACGUCCCGCUGACCUCCUAUCCCUUUCAGCCCAACGACAACGCUUCCAUCGCCACCGCCCUACUGCGCGCCCAGGAAAACAGUCGCGUUUUCUUCCUUUCUUCUUCUGCGCCCGUUGCCUAUCUGAUAAUGGAUCUGGCCAGUCAACUGGGGAUGACCAACGGAGAAUAUGUGUUCCUCAAUGUCCAGCCUGUCCAAAAUAACUUCUACGGAAAGGCAUCCUUCUUCAACAAUCCCAAGCCGUUAAUGUUGAACUUGACUUGGAACCUGAUUUUUCUCACCUUCCAUGAAUCCGACGACACCGAAUACGAGCGACAACUGAACGGUGAACUGCGUCAGUUGGCCUACGAGAUGUACAACGUCACAUAUGAGCCAGGAUUCCAGGCGCUAAGCAACUACCCGACACGCAUGGCUUAUACUGCCAUCGAGCUAAUUAGCGAUACCCUGGCCGGCAAACUGGAUGAAUAUCGCCGACUGCCGCCUGCGCAGCGCGCUGCCUUCUGCGCCGGUGAUCACCUGGCUUCGCUGCUGUUCAAUCGCACCAUCCCCUUGCCGCACGCCACCGUGGCGGUUGACCCACACGUCCACCGUUGGAUGUACCGGUGUGUGGCUUCUCCGGACGGGAAGGGCCUUGUCGCGACCGCGCAUUUUGCAGCACGGACCGGAUCCGUCUUGACCAUCGCUCUUCCGGUGGCCGUAGGCGUUGCGGUGGUGGUUCUGGGAGCAUCCUGUGCGGCACUCUUUGCAAUUCGAAGAGCGCGACGGAACGACCGAUCGCGUUACUGGUGGCUAAUCAACGAGAAUGAGUGGGACGGUAGCCUGAUUGCGACUGGGAAAGAAGUGGUCAAUCCGGUAUCAUGGAGAAACACGACGGUGUGGCUCACCACGAUGAAGAUCCACGGCCGUUGCAACUUGCCACUACUUGCGCGUCUCGUGCCCGAUACGACGCAUCCCAAUGUCAAUGCGCUGCUUGGUGUGGUUAUUUUGCCGCAUCAGGCCAUCCUCAUUUCGGAUUACUGCAAACGCGGCUCAUUACUGACAUUGUUGGAGGUAUUGCAGCUGGAUCAUGAUUUCCAGUUAUCCAUGGCCCGCGAUCUGGCCAAGGGUCUGAGUUAUCUGCACAACAACAUCGGCCGACCGCAUGGCUGUCUGUCUCCCGGCUGUUGCCUCAUAGACGAGCAUUUCACUUUGCGUAUUGGGCAGUUUGGCUUCGUCGCCAUCAGCCAUGCCCUCUCGCCAGAAAAAUCCCCGGACGCCCAUGCUCCCAAUAAGGACUUGGCUUUCCCUGCUGAUAUCUACGCAGCCGGUCAAAUACUUCUGGUGAUCAUCUACCAGUUGGCCCACACGGCGCCCUCCCAGCUAGCCAUCAGGGCAGCGAAGGAAGUCGAAGUCGGCAGCGAGAAAGAAGCGGCGAAUCCCGAUAUCCAGCGACGCCUCACACUCCUCGCCAACCGCUGCCUGCACAGUAAUCCCGUUUCGCGCCCAACGGCCAAGCAACUUUUCACCGACUUUGGGCGAUUGCGUGUGCCGGGGCAGCCGGCGUCCCGCAACGUCGUGGAAAGCAUCAUCAGACGCUUUGAGGCAUACACGGAAACCCUGGACGAAGCGGUGCGCGUGAAGACCGAGGAGUUGAUGGGCGAGCGAAAAAGGUGUGACGAUCUGCUUAGCGAACUACUACCCCGAUGCGUUGUGGACCAGCUGCGCAAUCACGAAAAAAUGGUAGCGGAGUUCUACGAUUCCGUCAGUGUCUUCUUCUCCGACUUGGACAACUUCGUCGACUGGAUGUGCAGCGUCCCACCCGAGAUGGUCAUCGGCACCGUCACGGCUUUGUUUAGUGCUUUCGACGGAGCCAUCCAGGAACUGGAUGUCUACAAAGUGGAGACUGUGCGGGAUAGCUACAUGGCAGUCAGUGGUAUUCCGGUUCGAGGCGACAACCAGCACGUGGUAGAGAUUUGCCGAAUGGCAAUCAAGCUGCUGCGUGUGUUUGCCGGUAAGGAAGCCAGAAGGAAUUCGAAGAGUCAAGAGACGCCGAUAACAACAAGCACUGGGCAUCCGAAUGUCGGCCAUCACUCACCGCUAGGACUGCGCUGCGGCAUCCACUCCGGUCCGUGUGCUGCCGGAGUCAUUGGCAUGCGUGUUCCCCGUUAUUGUCUGUUUGGUGACACGGUGAACGUGGCUGCCCGCAUGAACACUAACGGCCAGGGCGGUCGCAUCCACCUCAGUCAGGCCAGCCAUGACCUCCUCGCUGCCGACGCCGGCAACCACCGCUUCUGUUUGCAAGAGCGCGGGCUGCUUUUCGUUAAGGUAUGGAACUGGAUUCUUUGA